AUGUUCCAUCGGCAAUGCGUUAAUCUUAAAAACGAUGCCCGUAAAUUAAAUAAAUGGCAAUGUCACGGAUGUAAGACGAGGAGUCCAAGUGAAGCAGGUGUGAGCGCUACGCCUGGCUCGCUUAGCUCUGGUGGCACAGAUACUGAGCUCGGCGAAGUAGUUCCGGGCACUAGCGACAGAGGGAGCUGUGAUGAUAACAUAAACUUGGCGAGUGAAAUAAAAUUAAUACGCGAGCAGUUAACUACUAUCGCCCGUGAGAUAAUAUCAUUUCGAGAAGUUAUAUCAAAAAUAAGUUCUAAUGUAGAUGAGCUAAACAAUAGAGUCGGCGAUAUUGAAAAAAGGGUUAUACAUCUUGAACAGCGCGCGGCGGAUCCACAACCUCAGACAACAGACUCCAAAUUGGAAGACACAUUAACUGAACUCAAGUGUCGCCUAAAUGAGCGGGAUCAAGAUUUAUUACUCAAAGACAUUGAAAUAUCCGGAGUAGCAGAAGUCAAGGGCGAAAAUUCCCUGCAUGUCGUGACAGUGCUAGCCACUAAGAUCGGCGUUGAGCUGGACUAG